AUGACGCUGCGGGGCGACGGGCGGCGGCCCGACGAGAAGCUGCAGGGCGACGGGCGGCAGCCCGUCGAGGAGAAGAACUGUCUUGCACAUGUCAUGAACAUUGCAGUGCAGGAGGCAUUGAAGUUGGACGAUGUGAAGGAGGCGUUGAAACGCCUACGGGAUGCGUGUUCGUACAUUGGAUGGUCGGUCCAGCGGUCAGAGGCUUUUGCCAGUCUGCAGCGCAAGUUGGCAGGCAGAGACAAAGCGAAGGUGCUACGUCUGAUCUCCGACUCGCCUACACGUUGGGGCUCCACUUACGAGAUGAUCUGCCGCGCCUUGGAGCUGCAGCAGGCACUGACGGUGUUUUUCAGCCGGACUGACGUGAGUGAUAGGCUCCGGCUACGCGAGAAGCUCGACAAAAUACGUCUCAGUGACGUCCACUGGGACGCGCUUGUCGAGCUGAAGAACUUUCUUCAGCCCUUCCACUCGAUCACCAAGGUAGCUGAGGCUUCCUUGUACCCGACAGCUGCAGCGGUGGUGCCGCUGUACAACCAACUGCUGGACAAGAUGGAAAUCACCUACCGCGAGCCAGCCGUCUCACCCCUCACACAGGCCCUCAUCACCAAAGCCCUCGGCAAGCUGAAGAAGUACCCGUACGGCACCAAGGAAGAGUUGGCGAUCGCCACCUUCCUUGACCCCCGCUACAAGACCAUCUUCUUCCAGAUGCCCCAGUGGGAGGCGCUCAAUGCUGCGCAAGUGACAGAGGUGGGGGGAUGUGCUAGGAGUGUGCAGGGCGUGGAUGAGCCGACGGUGAUGCGCCUGGUGCGCGAUCGUUUGGUCGCAUAUCAGGAGAGAGUGCGCAGUCGGGGAGGUGGUGGUGAGGUUACGAGUGGCAUGGGGGAGGUCCCUGACGGCGCUGGUGCUAGUGUUCAGGCCGCAGGGACGUCGCGUGCCGCUGGCAGCGGGGGCGCCCUCAUGGCUAUCAAGUCAUGGAUGGCGCAGAACACGAGCGGCAGGUCAUUGAACGUGGCAGGGGCUGCGCGUUCGCUUGUGGAGUUGUGCUAUGAGGCCGAGGACGAUGGGUUUUGA